UUCCUUCCCUCCCUCCUCCCCCUCCUCUACCCCUUCCAGUUCAGACGAGUCCCGUGCCAGUUCGGCCCUCUCUAUACCCAGCUCAGCAGGAGCCUCAUCCAAGACUGCCGGCCCAGCAGGGGGCUCGGAGCUGGGCUCAGAACCCCAUGUAGAGCCCCUGGAUGCCACCUCUCUGGAACACACCCUGGAGACACUCCAAGACCAGGUGGAGAGCAGCCACACCCCUGAUGCCCCCCGGCCGGCCUCCGGCCUCCUCUCUCCUGCUGUCACCCCCCUCGUCUGGGCGCCCAGGCUCCAACGCCAGACCCGUCCUGCCCCCCAUCCCCCCGGGGCGCAAGACCCCCUCCCACAGCCCCAGCCCCAGCCCCGCCACCCUCCCCGACCUCGGACCCAGACCCUGAGAGCAAGGAGAGGCCAGCACAGAGAAACGAGGCCCAAGGCAAGAACCCUAAGCUGGGGUCAGGUACAGAGAGACAGUCUGGAGCCAUGGAAAGACAUAUAUUCAGUAAGACUAUAUUCACCCUACUUCAAUAAAGUACUUACUUCAUGAAA